CCCCGCCCGAUCAGCUGAUUCUUCAUAAAACCCAAACCACAACUCCCUCCCCCCAACCUCAACCAGCUUGCCUUGAAGAAGCAGGGUCGAUUAGACCAUUUGAUGCACACACUCGUGCAAAGGGAGGGGAAGGGGCGUCUUUGCAGACAAAGCUGCCGAGUGAGCAAGUAGCUGCCUGCCAUGUCGGACGACGCUGAGAAGAACGAGGCUCCCCCAGAACAGGAGCAGCAAGGGAAGGAGGAGGAGAAGCAGGAGCCGGGGAAGCCUGAGGAUCAUGCCCAGGAGGAGGAGGAGGAGGAGGAGGAGGGGAAGCCUGAGGAGCAGCCCAAGCCGCAGUCCCCACCUAAGAGCCCCAAAGGCCCAGAGACCCCCGCAUCGCCUGUGAUGGUGACGGUGACCAUUGAGGAGGAGACGGUGGGGGAGCCGCAGGAGAAUGGGGACCCCCCGGGGAUUAGGGCUGGCUCAGCUGAGGAGAUAGGGACCACCCCGGCCCCACCCACUAGCCCCCCAGCCCGCUCCAAGUCGGCGUCGUUGAAUGACCUGAAGCCUCAGAACAGCAUCAAUGGCGGCCCAAGGGCUGUCGCGAGGGGCAGUUUGUCCGGGUCUCAGGUGCACUUAGCGGGAUCCGCGGGGUCUCCCCGGGCCAGCCUGAGCCGGCAGGCCUCUGCAACAGGAUCGGCAGCCGGUGAAGCUGGGGAGAAACCCAGAGACUACAUAUUCAUUGCUGCCCUCUCCUGUUUCUGCCCAAUCUGGCCUAUCAACAUCGUGGCCUUUGUGUAUUCUGUCAUGUCCCGGAACAGCUUCCAGCAAGGAGACAUUGACGGCGCACGGCGCCUGGGACGGGUAGCAAAGCUGCUGAGCAUUGUCGCGUUGGUCGGGGGGGUGCUCAUCAUCGUGGCAUCUUGCGCCAUCAACUUCGGAGUGUUCCAGUGAAGGCGGCACUCAACUUGCCACUUCAUCCCUAGCACCGAAACCUUCAUCUUUGGAGCUGGGAGCCAGCAUGAGUACAGAACAUCCAUCCCAUGUCCCCAUCCAUCUCUGAACCAUGCAAAAACAGGAGCACAAGAACGGAGACGAGAGAGAGAAAGAGAGAGGGACACGAGAGAGCGAAACUGAGAGAAACAACGUCUUUGCUUAUGCUUGCAUGUGUCCCAUCCUUCUAGGGAUUUUAGCUAACCAAAAAUAAGGUGAAACAGGAGAAAGAAAACAAAAAUUAGACGGGGAUGUAUUCUCAUCUCCUCUUUCCUCUCCGCCAUUUUCUCCCUCUCUCUCCCUCUCUCUCACUCUCCUUCCAUCCAUCCAGUCAUCUGUUCAACCAAUGACCCAUCUGCCCAUCUUCCAUCCACUGCCAAAUUUCGACAGCAAAUAAAACUCUUUCGAUAUUCCAUGUUUACAAGAACCUGCCGGAGAAAAGCUCUUUUUCCCCACCCCCCUGGGAAGGAGGUGGGGAGCAUGUUUACAUGUUUGCUGGGAACAAAUGAACAGAACCAGCAGCAGCAAGAGAGGAAACACUUCUUAGGUCUCCUGCUCUCAUCCGUCGUGUUUACAAAGACAGCAAGCAGGAACAAGCAGGGAAGAGCCCACCAGAGCCCACUGAGCGUUUUGCAGGUGGGAGUUUGUAGUAGUGAGUUAACUGUUGCGUCAGAGGAGGUUUGUUAACAAGAAGGCCAAAGCUGCCUGGAUUUGGUGGCACACACACCCACACAGGCAUGGAGGUUGGCUUGUAUAACCGAAUCCAUCACCCAGCCACUCAACAGGAAAGAGAACGGCAGUGAAAUUUACGGUAUUGGCUGGAGAAAUGAAUAAAAUCAGUGUCGAGGGAAUACAGCUCUGAGCAAAAUGUUUCCAACAAACGGGACCGGUGGAAGUUGGAGCGUGAAAGUGGAAAUUGCGGACGAGGCAACGGAGGAGAAAGAAGGAGCCAAGGGCCUUGCAAAGAAGGGAACAGACUGGUAAGAGUGGUGGUGGGUUUUAUUGGGGGGGGGGGAGGUGACACUACUCUCCAAGCUGAAGGCGCAAGUACAAAAGAGGAAGAAGGAAAAAAGGGCAGCUCAAGAAGUUGGAAGAAUGGCAAAUGAGCCAACAGGGGAACAGGGGAACAAAAACCCACCAGUCAUGAAGGAAUAGACCUGGUACUGCUGCAUUUUUACAUGAGAAAGUUGCUGGAAUGAAUGAAACUGGGAAGGAUAGAGAACAGUAUUAGUAGGCACCCCAUUCAGAAAAAAAAGAGAGAGAUGGGCCAAGGUAUCUCUUUUUCCUCUAGAAGACCAGUCGCUGGCAUUAGAGCAGGGCCACAAGGUGUUGGCUUGCAUAGGGUUCUUCAACAGGGAAAAGGAAAGCGGAACAUGGGUCUAAAUGGAAUCAGGAAAAGGCAGGAUGUCUAGCCGUUUCCGGAGGGGUAGCCUUGUCAGUCUGUUGCAGCAAAUGCAACAGGAGAGGUCUGUGGCCCCUUAAAAGAAUAAUGGUGUCUUGUGGCUUAAGCUGUCAUGUACAGAUGAAUCAAGUGGUAACCUGAGUUGGCAGGCUCAUCUAAAUGGCGGGGUGAGGAGUGAGGUCAGAGCGAAACAUAAUGCAAACAGUUCAGAUUGUGACAAUGACAUAAAAUGUAGGCAAACUAGUUGACAAAGUAGUAUUGAUGAUAACACCGGGAUCCUGACCUUGGUAUGCCAAUUAAUACACAUAGCUUACCAAUGCCAGGAUGCAGGUGUUACCAUCAACACAGCUUUGAUGAUGCAUUUAUUUGGGCAAUGACAGCUGUCACAGUCUGUACUUUUACAGCACAUUUCCCUCCGAUCUUGCUCACCUUUGUCCACCCUGUCCUGUCUCCCAAUUAUGUAUACUCCAUUCUUCUGAUAAGGUAGACUCUAGUCUACAGAAGCUUAUGCAGCAAUAAAUUAGUCUUUGAGGUGAGACAAUCCUCUGUUGUGUUUACAAUUUCAGAGAAGCGGGGAUGCCUACACAUGGCAUUUUGAAGUGUAUUUGAUGCGCCACAGGCAUGCGCAUGGUUUUUGUGUGGUUUUCAUGAUGUCCUUAUCCAAAGGGCAUCCUGUUUACCCCAGACCCCAUUCCCUGUGUUUCUUCUCAAACCCAACUUAACGUGGUAAAAGAAAAAAGCACAAUAAAUAAUAAAGUUGUUUUGUUGCUUUUGCUGCAAAAGACUAAGGGCCCUGUGGCACCUUAAAGGCCAUCAAAUAUCAUGGCAUAAACUUCCACAAACUACAUUUAUGCCAUAAUACAUUGGUUAGUCUUUAAGCUAUUUUGGUGUCUGUCAUGUUGGCAUAUGUGGCUAUUUAGGAGAAGCGAAGCUUGGCUGAACACUGAUUAAGAGAAACUGAAAGUAUCCAGUUGGGGUGGGAGUCAGCUGAGACAUUUGCUUAUUUAUAUCCUGCCUUUAUCCCAAGUUGGCAUGGAUUUAGGGCAGCAACAGGGCAGAUUGGAGCACACACAAGAGGCAAUGGAGGCAGUUAGGAGGGCAUAGAAAGCUGUUUAGGCCAAGCCCUUUGGCAUUAAGUUCGCCGGCCACACCAGGAAAUCUGAAUGUGUUUGCUCAGUUCUGGCACGAGGCCAUUUUUGAAAGGCAGAAUGGAUAGGGGAGGUCAGCAAUCGCACACUCGUGACAAAAGAAACAGAGCAGGAACUAGGGAGUGAGAAAACACCAGGGCCAGGAAAAGAGCCUCAAAGCAGAAAUGUGUGAGUGAGAGAGAGACAGAGAGAGAUGUGUGAUAAGACACCCCCCCUCCCUGAAAACAAGUUGAAAAACUGCUGGAUGGGGAAAGUUAUAUACACAGAAUUGCAGAAUGAAAGGCUAAUGUAUGAGAUCAGCUGGUGGUGCGAGAGAGAGAGAGCGUGGAAUGGGCAAAGGAAGCACCGAAGGCUACAAACUCCCUCUGGAUGUGAAAACGACCCAGGCCAGUUUAAAAUCCGCUGGAAGAGGAACUGUGUGUGUGUUGGGUGUCCGGUGAAGGGAAGCAGAUAAGAGCGAGCCCUGCGGAGCGAAAGGCUGGAGAAGAGUGUUGAGACCACACUGGUAAGCGGAGCAACAGAACACGAAAGGGGCGCCGGUAGAGGAGAGUCGAACUGUACUUCACUGACGGAGGAAUACACAAGAGAGCAUACACUCCAUACCAAACGACAACAACAACAACAACAACAACAACAACAACAACAACUAUUUUUAAAGGGCCCGAUGGACAACUGUGUAUGCUACUGGACAGAGACAACUGGGUGGGUGGGGU